GGGCGAUGGUUGUUGAAGGUCCUGUUAAAGGUUUCCCAAAUUCAGUUGAUGAACGGUCGAAUUGUGGUAAACUUGUUUUUUUAAUGUAUUAAAAAGGAGCUGUUUUCCCUAGUGAUAUAGUUGCAUGUAAGUUAUUUUAAGGAUAAAAGUCACAUUCAAAUUGAGGAAAUGAGAAAGGUUUUAGCCUUCUGUCUGACGAUACCAUGUGUAUUAGCUGCAUUCGAUAAUUUACGAUUCCCAGACAUUCCGAAAUUUUACGAGAACUACCACCAACAGUGCGGAAUACCGAUUGCAUGUGAUAAUGAGCGGCAGUGUCCGACUGUUGCCGAUUGGCGCGGUUUGGAGAAUUAUGCCCAAGAAGAAGCGUGCAGUGCAUUUGAAUCGCAGUCGGAAUUGGCCAGCAAGGCAUGCUACCUUAUCAGUGAUAGAGAAUUCGAUUAUGGCAUGUUUUUCACUGGUCGCUUGAACGCGGAGCAGGAAAAUGAUGUUAAAAAUACCAUGACAACGGAAAUCCUGCUGAAAAAUAUAUCCAUUAGUGACAAGUGCGCUGUACGGAGGCUGCUAGAAGGGGAUUGUGAUGAAAGAGGAAGCACUCUCUCAUUGAAGCAGUGUCUAGACAACCGGGUUCAUAAUUGCGAUGAAAGCUAUCCAUACCGCAGCUACGAUGGGCACUGUAACAAUAAGCAGAAUCCAACCUGGGGUCGAGCGGGCACUCCGUUCCGUCUGGAGAUGGCAACAUGUUUUGAUGAUUUUGUCAGUACACCUCGGCGUAGCAGCUCGGGUCGUGAAUUGCCCAACAACCGUCAAGUUAUGGCUGACAUUCAGUAUACCUUGAAUCAAAGAUCUCCCUCGGAAAGUACACAGGGUAUAUUCAAUAUGUUUGGAGUAUUCUUCAGUGAAAUGGUCAACUCCGAUACGGUGGGUCGAAGGAUGAAAAGAGUUCGGGACUCUACAAAUGGAUUCCGAAGUUGUUUGGCCGAUGGCAGUGGAAUAAGUCGAUUCACAUCGCCACUCGUUGAUCCGAUGGUGGUUCCUGCAGAUGAUCGAGAGUAUGGCCAGAGAAAUGUGGAAUGUCUAAACUUUAGCCCCUAUGAAAAUGCCAACGACCAGUGUCAGUUGAGGUUUACAACUAAGAGAAAUGGAGGAUCAAGUUUUCUAGAUCUGUCAUCGAUUUAUGGUUCGGGAGGGUAUGAGGAAGACGGUAAACUGUCCGUUGGAACAUGCGGAGCGUCGGGUUUUACAUCAGGGCUGUCAGGACUAACAAUACAGCUUGUUCAUGUCACUGCUAUUUUCGCGAAGCUGCACAAUUACUGUGUGGAUCAAACGAAAUCUUGUACGAAUGCAGGCGCUGAUGACGUUGCAGAAAAGUGUCGUGCAUUCACAAUUGGUGUUUAUCAGAAAAUAUGGUAUGAAGAGGUGCUGUUGGAACUUUUUGGACCGGAAUUUCAUAAUGAAUGUAACUUCGAAUGCGAGUAUGAUCCUGAAGUUGAACCUAGUCUGCCAUCGGUUUACGUAAAUGGACCUGGACGAUUCCAGCAUGUGUGGAUCCCUGAUAACCUAACUUAUGAACACGGGGACUCUACCACGCUGCCAAUGCAUCUGUUUUUCAGAAAUCACCAAAACUUUGACUGCCCUAGCAUUUUGGAAGGAAUGCUCAAGGAUCCAAUUAGGAUUUCAGGCUUGUCUGAUUCGAUCAUGCAUACUUUUAGUUCAUUGGACGGUAAAGAUGGUCACUGUUUGAUGUGCUUGGAUCUGGAACGUGGUCGGAAUGCUGGAAUGUGUCCCUAUUUGCCAUACAAACAUUACCAGGAUACGUUGACAGGGCGAGCCAACACGAACUGCUACCAAAACUUCGAAGAUCUCAGCGAUAUUUUCGAGCAAGAUCUGAUUGAAGUAUUCAAAAAACACUACGAGACACCUUCGGAUCUGGACCUCUUAUUCUCCAUCUUCGAAAAAGAUCGUCCACGAGGAUCCUCGCUACCGACUACGGUAGCACUGUCGACCUGCCUCACCUUCAAACGAUUGAAAUGUGGUGAUCGUUUCUUCUACAAAUGGAAUCCAUUCUAUACUUCGGCAAUGAGCCGGCUCAUCUCGAUCAUGGAUAUGACAACAGUGUUGGCCCUGGUAGAGAACAUGAAUGAAGUUCCUGUCCGUCCAUUUGUAACUCAAUCCAGUACUGUCAGGGCUUCGCAGCUUCGUGACAAAGUAGGAAGAAUACAGAAUCUUUUCUGUCAAUUGUGAUUUAUUAAAGAAUAUGGAUAGCGGCAUCAAACUUAAUUAGCCUAGAUAUAUGGAUGUUGAUUUUUUAAAAAUAUAAAUGAGUAACUACGAAAAACUGUA